AUGGCAGCGAGCGAUGCCCACAAUGUUUAUGAUACAAUUGAACUCAUAUCAGCUGUUGGAGUUAAAAAAUCAAAACAGAGAAUUGAUCAUACGAUAAUUAUAGCAUUUUUAGCUGGUGUUCUUCUAUCAUUUGGCGGUCUGUUUCUCCUGAUUGUUGGUGGUGGAAGUGCUCCACUGGCUCAGAGUCUCGGUCCUAGUAUACACAAAAUGAUACAAGCCGCCGUAUUUCCUAUUGGUCUCAUUUUGAUUGUUAUUACUGGCGCAGAUUUGUUUACUGGUAAUACAAUGAUAUUAACGGUAUCAACAUUACAUAGAAAAACAACAUGUUUUGAUCUUAUCAUAUCAUGGAUAAUCUCUUUCUUUGGAAAUCUUGGCGGUUGUCUAUUUUUCCAAUGUAUACUCGUUUAUUAUGCAGGUCUUCUCUCUAAUGAUCCUUAUCGUUCAUUUACUGUGAAAUACGCCGAGGUAAAAGGUAACAUUGAAUGGCAUCAAAUAUUUUUAAGAGGUAUUGGUGGUAAUUGGCUUGUAUGUCUUGCAGUAUGGCUGGGUACAAGUGCACGUGAAUUACAUUCAAAAGUAAUCGGUAUUUAUCUGCCUAUUUGGCUUUUUAUUGCUGUUGGAUAUGAACACUCAAUUGCCAAUAUGUUUACAGUUCAAAUGGGUAUGAUGCUUGGUGCUGAUUUGUCCGUUGGAAAAUAUAUUUUGCGCACAUUGAUACCAGUUACACUUGGAAAUAUUGUAGGUGGAGGAUUUUUCGUUGGUUUUACAUAUUGGUACCUUUAUCUGGCGAAAAAAGUGGAUACUGAUGCUAAGAUUGAUUUUGAAUCACCGGUUGGUAAAGGUUAUCAAAUUGUAAAACAACAUGAGAAAAUACAGCAAGCUCAACAAUCAUAA